AUGCUGAGAGCGGGAGGGAAGUCCUCGUCAACCAAGGCUACGCGCCAUGGAGCACGUUCCCGAUGCAAGCUUUGCAAUAACCUGAGUCCACGGGGUCACACAUCCAGCUCGUACGAUGCAGACAGUGCCACCAAACACAAUGCCAAUCUCACGCUCUGCAUAGACGCUCGCCAGCUAUCUGCCAGCAACUGCCAGUAUUGCAAGCUGCUCCGACAAUCUCUGCAGGGGUUUGUCGGGAGAGACUGGGCCCAUAUCCGUGUCCCUGUGUGCAUUGAUCUUCUGGAGGGCUCACCUAUCAAGGUGUCCGUACAAGAGCCCAGCGGCAAGUCUAUCGUGUUUGAGUUGUAUACUCCGUCAGACCAGAGGCCACCGUGGCCAGCACUGGGCAAUGCUCGCAGCAUUCCAAUUUCCUCGGGCUCUGACGAGUCGUUUGAUUUCGCCCGCAAGUGCAUCAAAGACUGCAUGUCCAGCCCAGCACAUGGCGCAUGCCGGAAAUCUACCCCGAGCAGACUGCCAACCAGACUCAUAGACGUGCAGGGUGGUAAAAACCUAAAAUUGGUUGAGCUGAAGGGCAAGGACGUCGAAUAUAUUACCCUCAGCUACUGCUGGGGACCUGGAUCGGCAGUGACUACGACCAGCGCAAACUUGCGAAAUAUGCGGAAAGGGAUCGACUGGGACACGUUACCGGGCCUAUUUCAAGACGCGGUCACCAUCACACGCCGCUUGGACAUUCGCUAUCUGUGGAUCGACGGCCUGUGCAUCAUUCAAGAUGACAAAAAAGAUUGGGAGAGCGAAUCAUCCAAGAUGAGCGACAUCUAUGAAGCCUCCUAUAUAACAAUCGCGGCAGACGCAUGUGAGGACAAUACCCACCCGUGCCUGGUGCAGCGUCCGAAGCGAUUACGUCUGGAACAUCGAACUACACGAGGGAAGACGUUUACAGUCAAAGCUCGAAAAGUUUCCAACCACCACGAAACUCCGGAUGGAGAUCUAGCCUUUCGGACUGAGGGCCCUCUGAGGGAUCGAGCCUGGGCAUUGCAAGAGAAUGUCUUGUCGCCUCGAAUUCUGCACUACACAGAGACGGAGCUGACAUUCGAGUGCCGCUCGACAUAUCGCUGCGAGUGCAAUCCCUCGUCAAGGCGAAAAGCCACGACUCCAGGCCUAUUACCGAAACUGCUUUUGUCGGUGAAACAGCGGUCCAAGAUCUUCCGAACCUGGCACCGCAUCCUCGCGCAGUACACGCUCCGCAAGCUCACCGUGGCGUCUGACAAGCUCCCAGCCAUCUCGGGGAUCGCGAAGAAGGUCCAAAGCGCCACCGACUCGGUCUAUGUCGCGGGCUUGUGGAAAGACAAUCUGGUCGAGGACCUACUCUGGGCAUCCGCACCGCAUCUCGAGUCACCACACCUCGCGCGGAGAUUGGACGACUACCGCGCGCCGAGCUUCUCGUGGGCCUCGGUGGACACGCAAAUCCAGCCCUUUGGGCUCGCAGAGGACGAAACCGUCGAGUUGAGUGCGCACAUCUCGAUUACGAAGAUGUCGUGUACGGAAUUCGGCCUCAAUCCGCUGGGCGAGGUCACAGACGGAUUCAUCGACUUGUGCGGUCCCCUGGCGGAAGGGACGUUGGUCGCUCCGGAAAGCUACAAGUUCGAGUACCACCUGGCAAUGCCUGGCAGCGGGACUGCCGUGGGCGUUUCUCCGGAUUCACUAUUGGUGCAAGACCUGACCGAGGACGAUUCGGGCGGGAUGGUGCGACGAGGCAAACAAGGGGAGAGCUACAAGCCUUUCAAAGCACGGGUGUGGUGUCUCAGCGUCGCGGGCCAUUCCCACGGCUGCGUCUCCGGGCUUGUCUUGACAAAGUCAUCGCGAGUCCCCGGGGCGUACGAGCGGAUCGGCCAUUUUACGUGUGGGAACGACUGGCUGGUUGGGGCGAAGAAGCAGAAGAUUAAGCUUGUGUGA